GCUUCAUUCAUUCCUUACUUUUGUCUGUCAUCGAAGACGCCAUCAAUCUGACCAUGCAAGUCGGAUUUACAGCAACUCGCCCCUUGCCUCUUUUCUACGUUCUUUAUUUGGUCUUUGCGCAGUUCCUCUUAUCCGCCAACAAAGAACAACUAACUUCCAUCACAACAGUUCUUCAUUACAGACGGCGGAUAACGCUUUUCCGCCAUCGAAUCAACGGGUAUAAAAUCGAUUCAUUUCUUUCUCAUUCAUUGCAACGUCUCAAACGUGUCUAUCUGUCAGCCUUAUUUUCAAACCAAGGAAAGCUUUUCACUUUCUCAUCACAGCAUCGAAAUACAUAGGAUCAUACUGCACUUCAACAAAAUGGUCCACUCCUUGUCUUACCGCAUAAGCUAUCCUUCUCGAUUUCACGACGACUCCAGUUGUCUCCAGGCUGAUCCUACAUGGUCUUCUCCAUCUUUGGCAACAUGGAGUCGUUCCAAACCCCCACAAAUCGAGUUCACUACUCUUAUUCCCCUCAGAGAAGUCCAGCAUUUCAUUUUGGAUGAGCUCGCCCGGAUCAAGCCGGUCACGGUUAUGCGCAUCUCGAAAUAUCAAUAUCAUCGUAUCCUCCCUGAUCUGUAUAGGACGUUCAUUAUCCCUUGGGAUAAACCUGAAAAAGCACUCUACGGCACUCGUCCAAUAACCUGUACUAAACGUUUAGCGCUUUCAUACGUCCAAACGCUUUACGUCGGCGCCGAUCCACGCGAAAACAGAGUCCCACUUCCUAUCAACAGAGGGUGGUGGGCAGAUCGUGGCCUCGUUGAAUUCGUAUGGGCCCUACUUAAGUUUUCUGCCUUCAACCGUCCUACCAAAACGAAUGGGAAGAAAAGCUAUUUACUUCCUCGACUGGAAUCAAUACACAUUGCUUCUGCCGUUUGCGCCCAGAGGAUCAACGAACUCGCACCCCACACAGCUACAAGUUACGAUGAUGGGACCCCUCUCCCGCCUAUGGGAGACCAAUCAUAUCUGCUCUGGAAUUUAUUCUUCCGGCUAACCCCCACCCCCUCUGCUUGUCGUAUCUCGAUACAUGCACCUAUCUCGUCCAAGGAACCGGAGUGGCCAUCCAGCAUAGACUCGAUGACGUUUAUCGGUCAUCUCGCGGACCGGCGGCAGUUUUCCGUCCAUUUCCAUCAGCUUGAUCAGGAGGGCCUUCGCGAUCGGUAUCUGGACAAACCACACAAAGUCAUACGAUUCAAAGUUUGCGGUAGACGCCAUGCCGGCUUGGAUAAUUUGGUCUUACAAACAGCAUUCAGAGAUCAUGUUUUCAACUUUUCACCGGACACUAGGUGGGAUAUUUUGGACUCGAGAUUAGAAGGGCUCUUGAAUGGCAGUUGGAUACACGGUCAUGGUAGAAUCAUGUACCCCGACACGGAGGAGUGGGACUAUCGAAAGAGAUACCAGAUCCGACUGUUCACUUAUGGAGGCACAGUAAAGCAGAAGAAAUACGAUAACUACAAGGUGCCGGCAUGGUUUGAUUGGGAUAAUUUUCGAAGUUAUAUUGAUAGAGUGCAAGCGGAGAAACAGAGGGAACAGAUGGAAAGUGAAAGGGUGGCCAAGCAGCUUAGAAGGCUGGAUGUGCUAGAGAGAAUCAAAUAUGAUCUUCAGUACAGGAGGAAAUACAUUACCGUAAAGAGGCGUUGUACAUGGUAAAUAAUUUAGUUGUGAUAAUGGUUGCGGAUCUCAACUUUCGGUAUGUCGGUUGCCUUAGCGCUGUUUCGCUUCAAUAACAGGCACUCGUUGCUC